AGUUAUUAUUAAUUUAAAAUUAUGUGUGGAAGAUUAGCAUGUUCUCUUGAUCCUGAUUGUAUUUCAAAGUCUUGUGUUUAUAAAAAAAGAGACUCAAAAUCUUCUGAAGAGCCAAAAUGGAUAGAAAACAGUUGUUAUACUUACGUUCCUUCGUACAAUAUCUCGCCAGCAGGCACAGUAUGUGCAUUAGCUGAUAAUAGCCACUUUGAAUCAGAAACUCAUACUGAAUAUUUAUUAGUACCCAUGAGAUGGGGCAUGAUUCCCAUUUGGAGUACUGAUGAAAGAAAAUCUCAAUUUCACACACACAAUGCUAGAAUUGAAACACUAAUGCUGUCAAAAAUUUACAAAAAGGAAUUUAUGGAGGGUCGUCGCUGUAUUGUAGUUUGUGAGGGCUAUUAUGAAUGGCAGACCACCCAGAAAUCUUCAAGUCAUCAACCGUACUUCUUUUACAAUGAAUAUGUUGAAACUUCUAAGAGUAGCCCCAAAAAUCGUCCUUCUAAGCCUAUGGUCUAUUUGGCAGGGAUAUUCAAUGCUGUCAGGGACGUUUCCGGUUCUAAUAUUAGAUAUACAUGCUCUAUUAUUACGAAAGAUUCAGAUGAAGCAGUAUCUUGGUGCCAUCAUCGAAUGCCUCUUGCUCUGAAUGACUUUGAUGAUGUUGAGAAAUGGCUCGACGUUUCUGAUGAAGAACCUAAGGAAAUCUAUAAUUUCAUUAAGGAGUAUAAAUCUAAUGAAAAUAAAUCAAGUAUUGUUCUGCGGUAUCACGCUGUGGAUAAGCAAUUUGUGAAUAAUUCGAAAUGCGAAGAUAAAAGAUGCAUUGAAAGAAUGAGCGUUAAAAGAAAGAAUUCUGGUACGCUUGAUGCCUGGUUUAAGAAGAAAUCCGAAGACAAAUAAAUUCUUGGAAACAAUAAGCUUCUCAAUUUGUUUACUAAUCUGUUUAAAAUUAUUUAAGCUUAAAAGUAAUUGCGAGUUAAAUUUCCAAAGUAUAA